ACUGGCAACCCUACUUUUACAGUUAUACAAAUAACCCAUCUUCAGAAGAUGAUUAUCAAAAAAUAUAUUAAAUAAAAAAAAAUAAUAAUUUAAAAAAAAUGCUUUCAACAGUGGCAUACGUUGUUUUUCCAUGUCUUCUGGGAUUUGUUUUAGUCAGAAAAUAUCGAGAACGAACAUGGAGUUGGUGUAAAAAUAAUGCUUCGCUAGAAGGAAAAAUUGUACUUAUUACUGGAGCAAAUUCUGGUAUAGGCUACGAAACAGCUAAAGAAUUAGCUAGAAGGCAAGCUCAUAUUAUUUUCGCUUGUAGAAACAUUGAUCGAGCCGAAGAAGCAAUGGCUAAAAUAAGAAAUUCGAUCAGUAAUUGUAAAGAAAUGGUGGCAAUGCAAGUUGAUUUAUCAGAUUUAAGCAAUAUUCGAAACUUUGCAAGUGAAAUUAAUAAAAAAUACCCAAAAAUUGAUAUUUUAAUUAAUAACGCAGGUGUAUAUUUACCUCUCGAAUUAAAUAAAGUGACAAAAGAUGGAUUUGAAAUACAUUUUGGUGUUAAUCAUCUAGGACAUUUUUUGCUGACAAAUUUACUUAUAGACAAUUUAAAACGUGCAGCACCAAGUCGUGUAGUUAUUGUCUCAUCUUUGCUACAUGAAAGUGGUAAAAUUGAUCUAGAUGAUCUGAAUUUGGAGAUAUUGAAAAAAAAUCUAAAGAAAUCACGAAUGAAUCCUGGCUAUUCAAAAUCAAAAUUAGAAAAUGCAUAUUUUGGUCGAGAAUUAGCUACACGAUUAAAAGGGUCAGGAGUUGAUGUUCAUACAGUUUGUCCAGGUUUUACUCAUACUGGUUUAUUUAGGGAUGUCGUGAAAUGGUAUCAUUAUAUUUUGUUUGCUCCAGUAGCAUUUCUUUUUAUGCGCACAGCGAAACAGGGUGCCCAAACAGUUAUUUGGUGUGCAACUGAGCCAACAUUAAUAGGAGAAUCUGGUAAUUUUUAUAGAAAUUGUGCUAAAUAUAAAUCAAAAGUGAAUUUCAAUUCACAAUUACAAACAUCCUUAUGGGAUAUUAGUUCAAAGUUAGUUGGCUUAAAAUCAUAAAAUAAAUUAAUAAUUUUAUUUAAUUCGUAAAACAUUUGACAAAAACAAUGAAUGAAUGAUUUCAUUGUGUAGUAUGCGUAAUGCGAUAUAAUAUUUUUUUACAUUCAUACCUGACCUGUGGGUAAUUCUACGGAAUGGAAAGAAGCUUCUACGGUGGCGGAAAGUUUAAUAUGGGUUGAUGUGUGUACAAAAUAAGUUUUUGAAUGUAUUAAACACAUAAUGCUAAAUAAA